AUGGCAGCGUGCGAGCCAUUGCAUUCUUCCAGCCAGAAGCCACUCCCGCCCCGCAGCACCAAGCCUGGCUAUUUCCUGCCCAAAACCGUCUGCAUCUGGCUCGCGUGCGGCUUCCUCUUCUUGGCAUUCCUCCACCUCCUCUGCUGCUCUCCUCGCGACGCUCAAGAAGCGGCGUUCACUUAUGUCCUCCAGUACGCCAACGACGCUUACUCCAAGCUCAUCACAUCCAGGAGCGGAGGCGGGCAGCCCUGCGACUACUCGGAGGGGCGGUGGGUGUGGGCGCCGGGUCACGCGCGGCGGUACAACGCCACGGUGUGCGACGUGAAGGAAGGCCAGGACUGCCUGCUCAACGGGCGGCCGGACACGGGCUACCUCAACUGGCGGUGGCAGCCGGCGGGGUGCCCCCUCCCGGCGUUCGACGCCGCGGCGUUCCUCACGGCGGUGCGCGGCAAGCACGUGGCGUUCGUCGGCGACUCGAUGGCGCGGAACCAGGGCGAGUCCCUGGCCUGCCUCCUCACCUCCGCUGUCCCGCACCGCGUGGUGUACCGGGACCCCGUGCGGUACAGGCGCCACUUCAUGCGCUGGGCGUUCCCGACGCACGACGUGACGGUGUCCGUGUACUGGGCGCCGUUCCUCGGCAGGGCCACGGGCAAGUGCGAGAACUACAGCAUGCCCUACAACCUGGUGGACCUCGACGCGCCGGCGGACCGGUGGGCGGCCGACGCCGACACGAUGGACGUGGUGGUGCUCGCCGCCAGCCACUGGGUGCUGAACCCGGCCGUCUACCACAACGGAGGCGAGGUGGUCGGCGUCCACGGCCACCCCGAGCUAAAACACACCGACAUCGGCUAUGCCACACCGUUGCGGCAGGUCUACCGGAUGUCGCUGGAGUGGCUCAGCUCCGGCCGGCCACGAACGGUGGUGCUAGCCACGUUCUCGCCGACUCACUUUGAAAACCACCCCUUGGACGACCCCACGGCGUGCGCUAAGAAGGAGCCGUACAAGGAGGGGGAGAAGGAGCUGGACAGCAUGGAGAAGGAGCUCAGGAAAAUCGUCGUCGAGGAGGCGGAGGCUGCGGUGCAGAGGAACGGCCCCGGCGGUGCGGUGAGGAUCGAGGUGCUGGACGUGACGAAGCUGGCGGCGAUGCGGCCGGACGGGCACCCCGGGCCUUACAUGAACCGCGACCCGUUUGCGAACGGCGUGGCGCAGAAGAUGCCCACCGACUGCCUCCACUUCUGCCUGCCCGGGCCGGUCGACACGUUCAACGAGGUACUGCAGCAGAUUCUGAUGAAGAAGCGGUGA